GAUUUCGAUACUGUGAUAUUGUCGAUAUUUCGAAAAAAAGAUUGAACGUGCAGUAUUACUUCAAGAUUUAUCGUGCGACUUCAAAUUUUUUGUCUACAAUAUUUGUGAUUAUGGAGAUUCAGGAUAUUUAAUAAUAAUAAUAAUAAUUUGUAUGAAGAAAGAAAAUUGUUUGUAACAAAAAAAUAAUGUGGUAAAAUUAUGGACGACCGGUUACAUCCCCUCAUUCGUUUUCAGUUCGCUUAAUCUCCUCAAUCUCCUUUAGUUAGUCGAUAAAACAGAAAAUGUUAGGAAAAAUUACGUUUUCGUAAUGUACAUACCGACAAUGCGAACGUAGAUUUUCGCGGCUUGUACAGGUUGGAAGAUCAUCAUCCAGAAACGCGAGUAGUAGAUCUGUUGUUAGUAGGAAUUAUCAACUGUAUGGAGAUUUAUCGGAGAAAAAUUAUUAUUUGAACUAUGGAUUCUCCACCUGCUUUGGAAACUGUCUAUCAAGCUGUAUAUUCUUUAUACAAUAAUUCUAAUCCAUCCGAUUCUGGGAAAGCAUCAUUAUGGCUUGGAGAAUUGCAAAAAUCAGUAUUUGCAUGGAAAAUAUCUGACGAAAUGUUGCAGCAAAAGAGAGACAUAGAGUCUUGUUAUUUUGCUGCACAAACUAUGCGUACAAAAAUACAAUUAUCCUUUCAUGAGUUACCCCUAGAAGCUCAUACUUCUUUGCGUGAUUCUUUGAUGGAACAUAUAUCACAAAUUAAUGAACACACCAAUUCUGCCAUUGUUACACAGUUAUGUUUAGCAUUGGCUGCUCUUGCGUUACAAAUGUCAUCCUGGCAGAAACCUGUUAUAGAUUUAAUUAACAGGUUCGGAGGAACAAGCAGCAGUCUUUGGCCAUUACUAGAGAUUAUGACUGUACUUCCAGAAGAAGUAAAGUCAAAAUCUCUUAGAUUAGGAGCCAACAGAAGACAACACGUAUUGGUAGAACUUAUUGCAACAGCUGAUACAGUUACAGAAUUCUUGAAAAUGUGUUUAAAAGAUGGGGGUGAUAAUGUACAAAUACGGGUUACUAUUCUUCGAUGUUUUACUAGUUGGAUUACUGUUCGUGCUAUACCUCUUCAGACUAUACCAACGAGCGAAGUUGUGACAUACGUGUUUCAAGUAUUGGGUAAUCAUAUGGCUGGUUCUCAAUUACAUGAAGCUGCUGCUGAUUGUAUGUGUGUUAUCUUACAAGCAUUAGAAGAAGAUAGUAAUAAUAGUCGAGAUAAUAAUAGCGAACCAAGUGCUCAAUUUCAACAAUUACAAAUGUGUCUUUUUAGUAAUGUAAUGGAUUUAGAACAACCAUAUCAUUUAUCUGUCGUUCACGAAGAUAUGGAAAAAUCUAUUAAUUAUUGUCGCGUUUUUACGGAAUUGGCCGAAACAUUUAUCGAUACUAUUAUAGAAGGUAGCGUGGAUAGAAAAAGUCAUUAUGCUAUCAAGAUUCUUGAUCUUGUUCUCAUAUGUCUUGGGCAUCACGAUUAUGAAGUCGCACAAAUAACUUUCCAUCUUUGGUAUCGAUUAUCGGAAGUCCUUUAUCAAAAAAAUGAUGAUGAGCUCAAUCUCGUAUUUCGACCGCACAUUGAACGAUUAAUCGGUGCUCUUUGUAGGCAUUGUCAAAUGGAACCAGAUCAUCUUGGUUUAGUAGAAGAAGGUGGAGGAGGAGAAGAGUUUGCAGAAUUUAGAAAUCGCGUAUCAGAACUCAUAAAAGACGUAAUAUUUGUAGUUGGCAGCAGUCAUUGUUUCAGACAAAUGUUUUCUUCAUUAACAGGUGGUCCUGGUCCACAAGGACUACCACCCGUUCAAACUCCUACAUGGGAUUCUAUAGAGGCUGCCCUUUUUGUAAUGCAAGCAGUUGCUAAAAAUAUUCUACCAGAGGAAAAUGACGUUGUUCCAAAAGUAGUUGAAGCAAUCCUUAAUUUACCAGAAAACACUCAUAUUGCUGUACGACAUACAAGUAUUCUUUUGUUAGGAGAGUUAUGCGAAUGGAUAGACAGUCAUCCACAAACGUUAGAACCAAUAUUAAAUACUUUAUUGGCCUGUCUAAGUCAGAAAGGAUUAGGAACUGCAGCAUCCGGUGCACUUUUAAGCAUUUGCACUGCAUGUGCAAUACGUAUGGGACCACAUUUCCCAGGAUUGUUGCAAAUUGCACGCUCUCUUGAUAGUUUUGGAAUAAGUAACGAUUCUGCUAUUGGAUUGCUAAAAGGUACGGCAUUAGUUCUGGCAAGAUUACCAAGAGCAGAAAUUACCCCAGCAAUGAAAGAAUUGUGUUGGUUUCAAGCUAUACCACUUUGUGAGAUUCUACAAAAUAAAGUAUCAAUAGAAAAGGGAACAAAGACUGAUCCUGUGAUAUGGUUAGAUAGAUUAGCAGUAAUAUUUAGGUACACUAAUCCUCUAAUCCGGGAUACAAACGAACCACAUCCUUGUCAGAAUGUUGUUACUGAAAUGUGGCCAGUAUUGUCAAAUGUAUGUACAGAAUAUCAACACGAUGCAAGACUUAUGGAAAGAUGUUGUCGUUGCUUAAGGUUCGCUGUUAGAUGUGUAGGCAAAUAUUCCGCACAUCUUCUUGAGCCACUUGUAAAACAGAUUGUACAAUUAUAUUCCGCUCAUCAGCAUAGUUGUUUCUUAUAUCUUGGUUCCAUAUUAGUCGACGAAUAUGCUUCUGAAACAGAUUGUUUGCCAGGAUUAUUGAGUAUGUUGGAAGCUUUUAUUGGACCUACUUUUACAAUUCUUCAACAAGAUGACGGUUUGAAAGAUCAUCCUGAUACUAUAGACGAUCUUUUCAGAUUAUGUGCUAGGUUUCUACAAAGAGUACCUAUUCCUUUUCUACAUUCAUCAAUAAUCGGCAGUGUAAUUGACUGUGCUUUGAUGGCAUGUAGUUUAGAUCAUAGGGAUGCUAAUGCCUCAGUAAUGAAAUUCUUUUAUGAUCUUUUAUAUAGUGGUAGAAUGCUUCAGUCACAUCCUGAUUAUUCGAUACGACGACAAUUAGUGAGAGGAAUAAUAUUAGAAAAAGGUCAAACAUUAGUUAUGAGACUUCUUCAUGCUUCUGUAUUCUCUUUAUCUUCGUACAUGUUAUCCGAUGUUGCGGACGUUAUGGUUGAACUUAAUUUAGCCGAUAGGCAGCUUUCGUCAAAAUGGUUAGAAGAAGCUAUAAAAUCAAUGCCAACUCAAAAUGCGGAUGGAUCUCCUACGGCAACGAACGAACAACUUGUUGAAUUCCAUAAUACUGUUACAAGAGCUGAUACAGCUAAACCUGUGACAGUUGCCCUAAGAUACUUCGCGCGUUUAUAUCGUUGAUGCAACUUGAUUUUUUAUCAAUGAUUAACAAGAACUAAUAACUAGUAAAGUUCUUCCAAAAUGCAAUACCCCUAUGCAAUUACAACUGAAAGUGAUGAGAACUUACAAGGGUGUUGUUAAUUGGUAAGUUAACUUUAUAUAACUGUUACGAAAAAAAAAGCAGUUUCGCGGAAAUCUAUAUAAUAGACGUACAUACAUGCAACAUACAUACAUACAUACAUUCAUACAUACAUACAUACAUACAUACAUACAUUUGUGGUCUGUGUGUGUGUAUAUAUAUAUAUGUGUAUGUAUGUAUGUAUAUAUAUAUAUAUAUAUAUGUUUAUUCUAUCUAUAUUCAUUUGCAAAGUAUGUAAACAAAUUUUAUUUCUAUAAUAAAUUAACAUUUAACAUUUGAAUUUAUUUAUUUUAUUUUUCUUUUUUUUUUUCAAGCAUUAUGUCGUUUUAAAAAAGAAUUUUUUAAGAUACAAUUUAUUCUUUUAGUUUUUAUGUAUAUAUAAUCGCACAAAUAUACAUAAACAAAAAUUGAAAAAGAAUAAAUGAUAAAAUAUAAUUUUUGAUAGAAACACCAAAUGGGUGAAUUAUUCUUUUGCAUAAAAACUUUUUUAACCGUUUAACUAUUUCAGAAUUAUAUUUCUCUUUUUUUUUUAUAUUGCCUAUUAUGUAAUAGAUAAAUAUCUAGUCAUCUCUUACGGAUUUUUUUUUUUUCUUUUUGGUUAAUAAAUCAGAUCAAUAUAGCUGUUAGUAGUGAGAAAAUAUAAAUACAUACUUUGUAAAAUGAUAUGGAAUUAGUAGAAUACUUCGGACAUUUAAUGACAAAUUUUUGUAUUUUCUUUCAAUCUUAUUAAUAUUAUGAAACACAUAAUUACAUUUUAUUAAUUUGAUUGUAAUAAACAUACAUAAACAUAUAUUUUCUUAUAAAAAUAUUUUAGAGAAAGAGGGAUGGAAAGUAAGAAAUUUAUGUAUACAUGCGUCUAACUUGUCUCAACUAUAAGGGAAAAGAGAAAAAAAGAAAAAAGAAAGAAACAUUUUAAAUCAAAUUGUAAUACGCAAUUUUUAUUUUCCAUCUAAUUCGAAAAAAGUCAUAACUUUAUUUAAUCUUUUACACUUUGGAGACAAAGAUUUUAUAAUUAUAAUAUAACGAUUAACAUGAUACAUAAAUUGCAGAGUAUCUCAGUUAUGAAUUUAUUAACUCUCUAUAUCAUUAUUAUAUUUAUGAAAAACUAUGGAUUGAAAAUGUACAAGCGUAUGAUAUUGAAAUCAAUUUAUAUAAAAUUUUCUUCGAAGAAUAUACUCGAGUGAAAAUUCUUUCAUUGAAAAUUUAUGUAAGAUUGUAUUGAAAAAAAAAGUUUUUGACAUUUCAUAUAAACAUAUUGAACUUCUUAAGAAAAAAAGAAAAGAAGAAAAAAACUGCUUAUUCUUUCUAUACGACUACAACAACUAUUUCAUAAAAAUUUCAAAGCGAUGCGUUAGAGAGAAUCUUCUAGAAAAAAUUCUUCCGUACUGUUUCUUUACAAUUGUGGGGUAUAAUGAUAAAAAUCUACACAGAAAAGUUUUAAUUUAAUGGUGUAUAAAAAUGUUAUUAUACUAAUAUAACAACUUCGUAUUAUAGUUCCAAACUAUUACUAUUACUAUUACUAUUACUAUACAGAAAUAAAAUCUGUAUGUGUAACGACUGCUUUUCUGUGUAAUAAAAAUCAUAUUUAUAUAAGGAUAACGCAAUUAUAAAUAUAAUACACAUUUAUAUAAUAGAUAUAUAAAAAUAAGUCUAGAAGCUUACAUUCUUGAUAUAUUUAAUUUAACAAGCUAUAAGAGCACACUAUUCUUAAAUUGUACAGAUUGGUUACGAAAGCAAAGAUAAAGUUCAAGUUUGUCAUGGAAUGUUAUUGUGUACAUAUAGCAUACUUUAUAGUAUGGAACUUAAGAUACUAUGCAGGACUAUCUUUAACAUACUAUCAUUGAUGUUUAAACUGAAAUUCAAUUGUGAUGUACAUCGAUAUAUAUAUAAAUACCGAUUUAGCAUUUAUCAAUGACAGUUUAAACGCUGCUUCAUUUUGUAAUAACAGAUAAUGAAGAUAAUUGAAAUAAAGCGAUAUUUUUUACCUAAAUAAAUAAAUAAAUCAAUAACAAAUAAAUAAAUCAAACAAUCAAUCAAUCAAUCAAUCAAUCAAUCAAUCAAUCUAUCAAUCAGUGAGUCAAUCAGUAAAAUAACUUUUACUCGACUCACAACGAAUGUAAUUAUUAAUCUGAUUAAUUUAAUUAGAAAAUAGAAUAUAAUGAAACGAAUUUAAGGACAUUAUGCCAACGUGUACACUUCUCUCAUACGAUACAACAGCACACGGUUUCUUGCAGACAACACGCGAAGAAUGCAGAGUGGCACGAUGCACGGCUCCGACAUUCCAAGCUCAGGAGGUGAUUCACGAUCAUUUCAUCUAUCUAUGGAACGACUGGCUCGUAGACUUAAAACGUUUCAUUCUAAACGUGCCAUGCAAAUGUAGUUAUGCUCAUUAAAAAAGUUAUCAGAAAAUUUUA